AUGCCGUGCCCUGCCAUGCCCGGGGUGUGCGUGCUCCCGGGUUGCACCCACGCAUCUGCCGCGUGUCUCAGCCCCGAGCCCAGCUAUCGCACAUCUCUCCAUGCCCCCAUCCAGCUCAGCUUCCGCUUCUACCUGGCUCAGCCUCAGGUGCAGAGGCCUCAUGUCCAUCUCGUGCCCGGCACCGACUGUGGCGCUGACCCCCUGCUCUCCGUCCAGGUGCAGUUUGGCUUCUGGCUGCUGCGUUACAUCUGCACAUUCAUGCUCUUCAUCCUGGGCAUGAAGGCCCCGGGGCUGCCCCGCAAGCCCUACAUGCUGCUGGUCAACGAGGAGGAGCGGGACGUGGAGAACAGCCAGCCGCUCUUGCCCGACACCGGCAGGACCACUUCUACCUGGAAGGAUUUCCGGAGGAAGCUGCGGCUGCUGGUGCCAUACAUGUGGCCAAAGGGGAACCACCUGCUGCAGGGGCUGGUGCUGUUCUGCAUGGCGCUCAUGGGGCUGGAGAGGGCCAUCAACGUCUUCGUCCCCAUCUACUACAAGAACAUUGUGAACGAGCUGACGGUGGGUGCUCCUUGGCACACCCUGGCCUGGACUGUCUGCAUCUACGUGGGGCUGAAGUUCCUGCAGGGUGGAGGUGCUGGCUCCACCGGCUUCGUGAGCAACCUGCGCACCUUCCUGUGGGUGUGGGUGCAGCAGUUCACCAACCGGCAGGUGCAGGUGCAGCUCUUCGCCCACCUGCACGGGCUGUCCCUGCGCUGGCACCUGGGGCGUCGCACCGGCGAGGUCCUGCGCAGCGUUGACCGGGGCACCAGCAGCAUCAACAGCCUGCUCAGUUACAUCGUCUUCAGCAUCGUCCCCACCAUCGCGGACAUCGUCAUCGGCAUCGUUUACUUCACCUCGGUCUUCAGCGCCUGGUUUGGCCUCAUCAUCUUCGUGUGCAUGAGCCUCUACCUGACUCUCACCAUCUUCAUCACUGAGUGGAGGACCAAGUACCGGCGGGACAUGAACACGCGGGACAACGAGGCCAAGUCCCGGGCCGUAGACUCGCUCCUCAACUUCGAGACGGUGAAGUACUACAACGCAGAGAGCUACGAGGUGAACCGCUUUAACGAUGCCAUCGUGAAGUACCAGGUCUCGGAGUGGAAGGUGAGCGCCUCGCUGGGUCUCCUCAACCAGACCCAGAACCUGGUUAUCGGCCUGGGGCUGCUGGCAGGGUCCCUGCUCUGUGCCUACUUUGUCACUGAAAACAAGCUGCAGGUGGGGGACUUUGUCCUCUUUGGCACCUACAUCAUCCAGCUCUACACGCCGCUCAACUGGUUUGGGACUUACUACAGGAUGAUCCAGAACUCUUUCAUAGACAUGGAGAACAUGUUCGAGCUCUUCCAUGAGGAGCAGGAGGUGAAGGAUGCAGUGAACGCUGGUGAUCUGCGCUUGGAGGCUGGCCGGAUCGAGUUUGAGAACGUGCACUUCAGCUACAUGGAUGGGAAGGAAAUCUUGCAGGACAUCUCCUUCUCUGUGAUGCCCGGGCAGACCCUGGCCCUGGUGGGACCUUCAGGCUCGGGGAAGAGCACUGUCAUCCGCCUGCUCUUCCGCUUCUACGAUGUGCGGGGCGGCUGUAUCCGCAUCGACGGGCAGGACAUCUCCCAGGUGAGGGCAGCAUCGCUGCGUUCUCACAUCGGGGUGGUGCCCCAGGACACAGUGCUCUUCAACGACACCAUCGCCAACAACAUCCACUACGGACGCAUCCUGGCCACUGACGAGGAGGUGCAGGAUGCAGCCCGGGCUGCUGACAUCCACGACCGCAUCCUUUCCUUCCCCGAUGGAUACAACACCCAGGUGGGAGAGCGAGGGCUGAAGCUGAGCGGGGGGGAGAAGCAGCGCGUCGCCAUCGCACGCACCAUCCUGAAGGGUCCCCGCAUCAUCCUGCUGGAUGAGGCCACGUCCGCACUUGACACGGAGACCGAGAGGAACAUCCAGGCCUCCCUGACCAAGGUCUGCGCCCACCGUACCACCAUCGUUGUUGCACAUAGGCUUUCCACCGUGGUGGGCGCAGACCAGAUCCUGGUGCUUAAGGAUGGGCGCAUCGCGGAGCGAGGGAGGCACGAGGAGCUGCUGCAGAAGGGCGGCGUGUACGCCGGCAUGUGGCUGCAGCAGCAGGCUGGGGACGAGGGCGAGAGCAAGGAGCGCCGCACUGAGAAGCCCCCAGGCAGCAAGAAGGGUCCGUGAGCACGGCUGGGAGCUCUGCUGUGACGCUAACUCGGGGCCCAGGCCCCCACGCUGCCAGGGACCCCUUUGCCAGCCAGGGCCACGCGUGCCCCAGGAGCUGCAGGGGCUGGGUUGGACACUCCACUAUGUUUGUACCCGUUUGUUUUGCUGUUGUGUAGUUUCUUAAACCAGGUCCUUCCCA